AUUAGGGAAGGAAUAACUGAGUAUCGGCUGUCCCGCUCCCCUGCCUCUCUACUUUGAAUCCCACAGGACGACGUCUACAGAAGGAGGUCGGAUUAUAAGAUGCCUUUGAAGUGGACAGCUCCCGAGGCAUUCAGCCAGGGCCUUUACACCUGCAAAUCGGACGUCUGGUCUUACGGAAUCCUGCUGCAUGAACUGAUUACACAUGGGGACAUUCCUUACCCAGACUUGAAUAACAGGGAAACCACCUUCGAAGUGUGCAAUGGCCACCGCAUGGCGAAAGCUAAUGAGUGCCCCGAUAUCCUCUACCAAGUCAUGUGCAGAUGUUGGCAAGAAGAUCCGGGCGAAAGACCUUCUUUUGCUGAACUUAAGCCUAAGAUGGAACACUUCGCGUCUGUCUAUUGCAAUCUGUAAUACCAUACGUGUGUGUGAUUGCCUUACGUGUUGUUGUUUUUUUGUUUGUUUUAUUUUUAUCUUCCAGGGUAUGCGGAUAGUUUACCCUUGUAUCUGGAGGGAAGGUACACGUACGCAUGUACACACAUACAUGCGCACAGCCACGCACAAACACAUGAAGUAUAUACACAUAUGUACACACACACACACACACACACACACACACACACACACACACACACACACACACACACACACACACACACACACAGCGUUAGAAUCUUCCCCUUAUCAGAGUGCACAGGGAUGCCUGAUAUAAUCUGCGUGAAUCGCCUAAUAGAUCUAUGCUCUGACGUUACGAUAGUAGGUACAGGUAAAAGUUAUUCGUUCGAUCGGCAACUUCUGAGUCGGUGUGACCCACAAUGAUGUCCGUUAAUUAAUGUAGGACUAGGGUUUAAGCUAGAAUCAUUACUCGUUUAUUAAUCACACCCUUCUCACCCUUUAGAAGUCGCUGACAUUUUUGGGUAAAUCCCAAGCGAUCGUGUGAUUCGUGAUAGAUACCCUUAUGGC